ACGAAACAAUACAGAAACACGCGACUCGCUCCUUCUUUUUCGGACAAAUCGCAGCUGAAGCACAUCGUUCGAAAUGCAAACGCACAGCAACGUCACAAAUGCCUCUUUACCGGGGUUCGAAAGCGUAGUAUCGCCGGGGUCAAGCUCAAGCGAUUUCAAUCGCCCUUCUUUGAAUGGUCAUUCACAAAGCGGGUUCUAGUCAACGGCUUUUGUUACGGGGCUUUUGGGAUUGGGAGUAGGGAUGUUCUUACACGCCUCCCAUUUCGGAUGCGCGUUUAGAUUGCACCGAUCGCUAAAGGUGAGAGCAGCAAGAUCAGCGAUCAACCUUUCAGAGCAAAGAAUCGUCGGAGGUAUCGGGAGUGAGGCUUGGCUUCCAGAACCGGGCUGGAUUAUAAAACGGGAACCGUAACAUUCCAACACCGUCAGAAGUUUGUUGGCCCUACCCGAAGCGGUACAGUAAGUUCUCCGGUGUCCACCAAACGCUGUCCAGCUGAGAUCUGCGGUCUGUCGCCGGGAACCGGUAAAUGAUCCCCUUGGGUUUGGGCAACUCCGAUCGAAGGUGAAAGUGUAGCGUGUUGUGAGAAUUAGAAAACGUCUUCGAGCUGUUGCUAUAGAAAGAGAGUAGAAAAAGAAAAGUGAAAGUAACAUGAACAAAGCUAAUCUCUACCAGCAAGCGAAUGGCGUGCAGCGGCGCGAUGCGAUGGAGAUAUUGAAAGAAUACGCACCACUCAUCAGCUGUCCAAGGGAUGGCGAAGAGGUUGCCCUGUUAGACAUUGGGUGUGGCAGCGGGGACGUGUUGGUGGACUACAUUCUACCGGUGCUGAGCCGCGGAAGCACUCCUGUGGCGCGCGCAUUGGCGACAGACAUCUCGGAGCAGAUGGUGCGCCAUGCACGUGAGUCGUACCGUCACGUUAAGACGAUCGAGUUCGACACCCUUGACAUCGGCAUCAAACUCGAUAGUGCAAAGUUGUCCCGCUGGGGACAAUUUAGUCACGUUACCUCGUUCUACUGCCUACACUGGGUUCAGAAUCAGCACGUAGCCUUUUCCAACAUCUACAACCUUCUGCAGCAUGGCGGUGACUGUCUGCUGGUGUUUUUGGCAAACAACCCAAUCUUUGACAUAUACAACCAACUGUCUCGCUCACCCAAGUGGUCCAAGUAUAUGUACGACGUAGAAAAGUACAUUUCGCCCUACCAGUAUUGUGAAAAUCCAGCAAGUGAGAUCGAGGAUCUGCUGUGCACGGUGGGCUUUCAGCAGUAUCAGAUACAGGUUCGCGACAAGCUGUACGUGUACGAAGGGCUGGACAAUUUGAAACGAGCAGUUUUGGCUGUGAAUCCAUUCAGUGAACGAAUGCCACCAGAACUGCAGGAUAGGUUCCUACUGGACUAUAUCGCUGUUGUGCGGCAGAUGUAUUUGACCAAAACUGGCAGCGAAGAGAAUGAUUGCAAUCUUCAAUUCAUAUCCCCAUACAAGUUGGUGGUUGUUUAUGCGAAGAAAUAACAAACAAAUGGAAGCAUUGGAUAUACCUACCGGAAUACUUUGAAAACGGAAUUCAUCAGAAAUGUUUCAAUAUGAUAGUUCUGGAAGCCAAGCCCGGUUCUGGAAGCCAAGCCUACAUUAACAUGAAAUACACCCUUUUUAAGCAAACUGUUUCUAGCUCUUAAAGUUCAAUAAAUUUAUUUUUACCUCGGAAAUGGUUAUUAUUAACAAA